UGAUGACGCAGAGCGUCUGAAGCAGCAGCAUGGCAGCGUCCAUAUCGCAGCAGCUGGAGGAUUUAUUAAACCCUCUACCGACUGCCGCAGACCCCGAGGACGACCACGACGAAGAGACCAAAGCCAAAGUCAUAGACAAGUUUGAUGAAGGUUAUGAUGAUGAUGAUAAUGAUGAUCUCCCAUCUAGUGGGCUACGGAAGCGUGCCAGCACUUUAUUGGCAGACACGGAUAAACGCUACCGUGGCAAGGCAACAUCACGCAAAGAGCUGCGGAAAGAACUAGAGGGUUCAGCUGAGGAGGAUGAUGAUGAUGAGGAAGAUGAUGAUGAUGAGGAGGAGGAGGAGAGUGAUAUUGAAACUGGAGAUUUUGGUAAAGAUAUGGAUGAUGAGGAAGAAGAUGGAGAAGAUGAUGAAGAAGAAGAUUUUGAUGAUGAUGAUGAUGAUGAUGACGACGAGGAGGACCUCCUUAACGAUGGUGACUGUUCGCAGAUGUCUGCUUUAGUCUCCAAGAUGAAGGGGACUGACUUAGGCUUCCCUAAAGAGACAGACUUCAGGAAGCUUACCGAGGGCAUGGAUGACCUGGGCGAGAGUGAGGAUGAGGAGGAAGGUGAGACUGAUGAAGAAGAGAGUGAUGAAGGCUCAGAGGAGGAAGAUGAGGAUGAUGAGGUUGAGGAAGAUGAAGAUGACUCUGGAGCUGUGAUGACGUUCUCAAAGGAGAAAGUGGAUGAAGAGGUGCAAAAAGGCAAAGCAGUGAAAAAUCAACUUGCCCUCUGGGACCUAUCACUUGAAGGACGGAUCAAAAUGCAGAAAGCCCUUGUGAUGGCCAAUCAGCUUCCCCAGCCAGACACCUUCCCAGAGUUCAAGAGCAAGGGUGGGGCCGAGUAUGCUGGAGCACUGAAGAACAGUCACAAAGCCCUGAAGGCUCUCCAGAGAUCUCUACUGGAGCUGCAGGACCUGCUGCUUUAUCAGAAUCCCGACACCAGAGCGGUCUCACAGGGCAAAACCUGGAGAAGCGACAGUAAAGCUGAAGGUGAUGAUGAGGAGCUUAAGAGUGAUGAAGAUGGAAAUGAGGAAGGUGAUGAUGAAGAAGGGCGCACAAAUCGAAACAGACCUCCUAAACGGAAGCUGGACAUGGCAGAUUAUCCAGAUUUCAUGGCCAAGCGUUUUGCAGACUUCCGGCCCUACCGAGACGCCACCCUACAGAAAUGGUACGAUAAGACGCGGCUCACCAUGGGAAAGACAAAUAAGGGCUUUGGAGCUUUUGAGAGGAACAUCCUGACUCAGGUGGAGCAGGUGCUGAUGGAUAAGGAACGCUUACUCAAACGCACACAGACACGCAGGUCCGACUACAGAGUGCUGGGCAAACCAGAGCCUACCACUCAAAAUACACAGCCCAACUCCACAGACCCUGAGGCAGCAGAUCUACCACUGAAAGCUAACGCGCAUCUUAAAGAUCUGGACGAGGAGAUCUUUGACGAUGAUGACUUUUAUCACCAGCUUCUUCGAGAGCUGAUUGAGCGCAAGACAAGUGCAGCGGACCCUAAUGACCAAGUCGCUAUGGGCAGACAGUGGCUGGCGAUCCAAAAACUUCGCAGUAAGAUCAAAAAGAAAGUAGACACAAAAGCCAGCAAGGGCAGGAAAAUCAGAUUCCACAUCCACAGUAAGCUGAUGAAUUUUAUGGCUCCUAUUGACCACAGCACCAUGAGUGAUGAGGCUCGGUCAGAGCUGUAUCGAUCUCUGUUUGGAUCUCAGACUGUCCACUGAUGUCACCCCUAAGCAGCGAUGGAGAAUCUUCUCUUCAGGAGCUUUCCUGCACCCGGGACAGGUCCGCUAGUUUGUGCGUGCGCCUCCCUCCCCUGGAUGCGUUUAUGCGUGAACAUGUUGGUUUGGACUGUCACGUCUCUGCUGCUGUCUGCUGUGAGCUGGCGGAAUUAUUGGGACUCAGAGAAAAUGACUUUGCUUGUUUUGUUUGAUAUGUAAUUGUUAUUCUGUGAAAAUACCUUUGUACUUUUGCUGAUCCGCAGAACGUCACUUUUUGAAUAUGUCUUUGUAUUAAAAGUGCUGUUUUGUCAGCAAAUAUGAAA